AUGUGCAAGAAGGCCAGGCGGUGGCUGGCCAGCACGGGGCUCCCCUAGACGCAGCCUCACUUAUGGCUGCUGAUCCUGGUGCUGAGCUGGCUCAGGGCCACCGGGAGCCUGGAGCUGAUCCCCUCCACGCCACAGAUAACGGCCUGAGGGAAGGUCACAGCCACCACGUUCUCCCUGGAGCAGCCGCGCUGCGUGCUCGACGGACAUGCCAGGGCUACAGACACCGUCUGGCUGGUGGUAGCCUUCAGCAACGCCUCCAAGGACUUCCAAAAGCCAAAGACACAGGCUGAGAUCCCCACCUUUGCCCAGCUGCUGACCGAUGGGCACUGUAUGACACUGCCCCCGUCCCCAGUCCAGCUGCCCUGCACAGACUCCGUGGGGGGCAGUGGGAGCGCCCUCCUGCUGCGGGUGGGCAAUGAUGCCCGUUGCCUGGCUGACCUCCAACAGUCACCCUACUGCAAUGCCCCCCUACCCAGCCCUGGGCCUUACAGCGUGAAGUUCCUCCUGAUGGACACUGAGGGCUCACCCAAGGCGGAGACGAGGUGGUCAGACUCCAUUGCUCUCCACCAAGGGAGGGCCCCAGGCUCCAUCGACACGUGGCCAGGGCGGCGAAGUGGGGGUAUGAUUGUCAUCACCGCUGUCCUGUCUUCUUUGGCUGGCCUCCUGCUCCUGGCCUUCCUGGCUGCCUCCACCGUGCACUUCUCCAGCCUCUGGUUGCCCAAAGAGGCCCAAUCUCCUGAGCAGCUGCGGAUCGGCUUCUUCAUGGGGAAGCGCUACACAACCCACCACAUCCCGCCCCUGGGCUUCGAGCCUGGCCUGGCCCCUCUCCCCAGCCUCAGCCGCUAG